AUGGGACUCCUGCGCCUCGUGCUCUUGGGCCUUGCGGCUACCGGUGCUGAAGGGGCGGCCUGCGACCCGGUGGAUUCCUGCCCGCAGCUAUCAGACGGUCUCUACUGUCCAGUCAACGAUGUCACGGAACACGCAGACAUCAAUCGUGAUGUCGCGUUGAUCAAGAGCUACUUGGCCGAGGAUCCUAUGAACUACGCCAUGGCAAAGGAGGUCUACACCAUGGGCAACUUCUCUUCAAAGGGCGCGGGUAACAUGAGAACCCUUCAAGAUUUGGCCUUGAAGGACAUGACGGUAAGCGGGAAGUACACCAACGUGUUCUACUCGGGUGCGCUGAGCCUCUACGGCUCGAUUUCCGCCAUUUGGCAUGAUUAUAUCAUUGCCUGCCUUGACAACACCGGCAUGUGCAAGGACAAGAGUGACUCCUUCAGGCAGUAUGUGAUCAACAAAGCCCUCAUUGGUGUUGUGACCGGCUAUGCUACGUACGAAUUUGGUGCAGCGGUUUGGAAGGGUGCAAACGGUGAGACUGCGGAUGGUCAGGCAGCAUAUGCCUGGGAUGAAGGCGCUGCUUUCUACAUCGGGAACAUCGCUCCAGUGGUAGGUGACGGAAUCACAGGCGGUGCCCCAGGAAAUCUCUAUUCCCCAUAUGAGUUCAACUGGAAGCGCGAUUUCGACUACCCUGAUGGUACCAACACGCACGCAGAAGCUGUGAAGAUCUUGAACUACGGCCUGAUCAACCUCCGCGGCGCUGCUUACAACGGGGACAAUGUGAAAGCAGCUGAGUUGGGCAUGUACAAGAUCUUCUCAAUUGCCGCAAUCCGCAGCGCCAUCAAGUAUGCUGACAAAGCCUACAACGGCGGCACCAUGGAACCAAAGUACCUUGCUGAGGGUUGGGCCUACUGGCGUUCCGCAUCCGGCUACAUGUCCACCUUCAACACGACCACUGUCGAGAUGGUGGAUGCAAUCUUCGAUUUGAACCAAACUUCUAUCCCGGCAGACGCAGCAUGCAAGGUGAAAACCUUAGUGGAGUCUCUGUAUCCGCAACUUGGCAUCACCUGUGCCAUGGUGGGCAAGUGGAAGGAUGCUACAGCUGGAGGCUGCUUGGACUCUGUUUGUGACGACACAGGCAAUUCCGCAACCCUCCUCUCAGGCUCUGACGCUUAUGUGGACAUGUGCAAGGCAACUACGACUUCGACCACAGGCGCGUCGGAUGCGAGUGCCGGGCUUCCAGGUGCCAUGCCAGCUGUUGGUACUUUGGCGGCUGUCACAGCAAUGAUCUGCCAGUGA